AUGAGCGCGCGGCAGCAGGCCAACCUCGAGGUUCUGGACGGCGACCUUGGCAUGGCGCCCUGGGGCAGGGUCAAGCUGGUCAAGAUCAGCCACGUCACCGUCGACGACUUCCUGGAUGCCCGUACCUGCUGGCUGGCGGGUGCGGACGGCUCGCUGCGGCUGCACACCACCUCGGGCGACCGGCCCCUCAUCACCUGGAACAACGCGACGGCCGGCGCGCCCGUGCUGGCGCUCGGCUGGUCUCGCUCGCGGCCCUGCGUCUUCUUCGUGCUCGACGCCGACUCAAAGAUCCACGUGUGGGACCUGAGCGCCGGCGACAUAUUCCCGGCCGAGACGGACGAGGUCAAGUCGGGCCAGGUCACCGCCAUGGACCUCAGCUACGGCGCGGAGGGCGACAAGCCCGUCACCCACCUGGCCGUGUGCACGGACGCCGGCACUGUUGAGGUACACAGGAUCUCGGAGACCUACACCAGCGCCACGGACGAGGCGGCAAGCACCGAGAUGGAGCAGUUCCUGCACUACGUCCAGAUCAUAUGAGAUGGUCGGAGCGGGACGGAACCGCAGCGGCGCGGAC